CGGGUUCUGUAUUGGCCAAUAGGUUAACAGAAGUACCCGAAUGGAAGGUACUUCUUCUUGAAAUCGGCGACGAAGCCAAUUCCCUAACCGACAUCCCCUACAUGGCGGAAUUCUUCCAAUUCACCGACUACAGCUGGGGAUACUCCGCCGAACAGCAAAACACUUCCUGCAGAGGUUGCAUCGAUGGUAAAUUGAAAUUACCUCGUGGCAGAGUACUAGGCGGUACCUCUGUAAUCGACUACAUGCAGUACUCCAGAGGAAACCCCGGCGACUACGAACAAUGGCCGCACUGGUCUUA